CAGUUCCUUUGUUAGCGUCUAUCUUCAGGAGCGUGUCGCAACUUUUAAGUUUGAUGCAUUUAGCGUGUGUACGUAUGUAUGCACCGUACUCAUUAAUUAAUAUCGGUCUCGCAAACCAACUCAGGUCGACUGUUUGCAGUUGAAGGCAGAAAGCUUCGUACUAAAGAAAACCGAUAUUCGGAAGGGAGAAUGGGACUUGUCUCCGGAUGAAACAACUUUCCUGGUGACAACAAAGUUCACUAAAGACCAAUCGACCGUUUGGGUACAUUCCGCAGUGCCCCACAUAAUUAAUGAACGCACACUCAUUCAUACAUACACGUGAAUAUGCCACGUAAAUCAUGGAUGAUCGCCUGUCUCCUGGAUGCAAGAAAGACUGGACUUUCAACCCACCUGUUACCAUCGAGGAAGUAAACCGGCUUGUGAUGCAGUUUGCAGCGCGCGGAUAGCGGGGUAAGACCCUAGCACGUCACGAACCCUGGACUACGCUGCAUCGUUUGUCGUUCUGUGUGUUCGAUGAGGGUUUUGUGUGGAUUAUAGUUCUGCGGUAAAGUGCCGUGUUUUCUGUUCAAUUUUACAUUUUUCAGUUUUUCGUUUGAACAACGAAGUUCAUGAACACGACGCAGACUGUAAACAAGGUCAGCCGUGUCUAAUUACGUAAACUGAUAAGCGGAAGUGAAGUGUUGCAAAAUUCGGAUGUCAUAUGAGGAAGACUUAGAAAUAAAACAAUUUGCACCAGACAGGACAUGAACGUGUAGACCGUCCUCGGGCUACUCAAGAGUCGAUUUCCGCAACUUUAUAUAAAAUCUCUUAAGAACAAACUUUAACUCGAAGCUGAAGACCGAGGUUUUGAAAGACCUGGAGGCUGAGAAGGCAGACAGAGACAGCUAGUGACCAAAAUGAUGAACUACCUACACACUACGAUUAAAGUUUCAGUAAAACAGCAGAUGGCCGAUGUGAUAAAGAACCUUGGUGAGCAUGACGUCAUGUCAACAGCAGCCAGUUACCGGAAGUUGAAGGACCCUCCUCUGAGGGGCAAGACUCCACUUCACUUCGUACUUUCAGACAGUGCAAACGGGGAUCUGAGAGAGAUCUUGGCGGAGAUGUCUCUGAAGACUGCCGUGUGGCUCUGGCAAGUUGAGGCGGUCCCUUCGCUUCACGAGGUGCUGCGAGGCGUCCGGGUGACUCUGGACGCGAGGUUCCUCGUCGCGCAGAUCGUGGAUCACUGCGUCUUGCUGUCGGAGGUGUACCAGGUCUCUGGCAAGACGCAGCUACGACGCUUCGCCACGUGGAGUAGGAAAAGCGGGCUCCGUGGACCAGUAAGAGACGACUUCCUCGACCGGCGAUCAGACCUUCAGGGAACUGUCAUCAAUGUAUCUUCAGUCGAGGGACCUCCGAUGACGACGGUAAACAGUGAAUCAGACCGGAUCACGGGGUUCGUGGGGGACGUCUGGGCAGAACUGGAACGUCGAAUGAAUUUUACAACGAAACUUAAAGUGGCCCCUGAUAACGCUUACGGCUCCCUGACGAAGAAUGGUACUUGGACAGGCAUGAUUGCUCUGCUCGUAAAUAACGAAGUGGAGUUGGCUGUAGGAGACUUCACCGUGAACAAUCUGAGGACCAAAGUCGUAGAUUUCACUGUCCCGUUCUCCGAGUCCGCCGUGUCCGUGUUCAUUCAUGGCACAGGGAGUCGAGAUUUCGGGUGGAGUGACUUCCUAGCACCUUUCAGCAAAGAACUGUGGCUUGCGGCCAUAACUGUGAUGUUCAUCAUGGCCAUUUGUCUCGUGGCAAUACACUCCUUUGAAUGCCAUAAAGAUACGAGGCACGGGAUUGGCUUCUUGAAAUCCUUUUGCAAUGUGUAUGCAAUCUUCUGCCAGCAGGGUGUGGCAGUCAAACCUGACGCUUUGUCACGCAGACUAGUGUACCUGGGGACGUGCCUCACGGCGCUGACCCUCAGCGCCGCGUACUCGGCCACCCUGGUCUCGUCUCUGGCUGUCCGGAUCAACGUCUUACCGUUCAACAGCUUCGAGACGCUGCUCAAAAGAAAGGACUAUCAUCUGGGCGUCGUUAAUAACUCGGCUGUGCUCAGCGAAUUUGAAGAGACGACGGACUACGUCCUAAGACAAGUUUACGACACGUUCAUUGCCAGUAAGAGAAGUAAUCUCCCAGCUGACUCCAAGUCCGGGCUGAGCAAAGUUUGCCAGAACUCGAAGUACGCCUUUGUGACUUCCUGCCUCGUGGCGACUUACAUGCAGAACAGUCUCAGUUGCUCCAUAAAACCUUUACCAGAAGCGUUUACCAAGGAAUACCUCUCAUUGGCUACGAAGAAGAACAGCCCUUACCUCGGGGUUAUCAAUCACAAGUACGAAUUUCGAGUCGAUCUGCAGUUUUCACGAUUGGGACCUCUUAUUUGUGUCAUUUUCCUCUUCGUAAGAAACAAGAUUGGAAAAUCGUAUACGCAGUUUCCACACUCGUUCUUUGCCGAGCGGAAAUGUUUAUUGAAGCUUCGACAAGACGGGACCCUGAAGAGACUGCACGCACACACAUGGCGGCCGACAGAAUCUGAUCCUGGACCCCCGUGGCGCAGCGUCGACAUCUUGGAAGUGGCGUCCGUUCUGCUCGUACUAGCGGCAGGUGUUGUUUCGUCCGUUCUUCUGCUUGUCGUGGAGGUCGUAUACCAGCGGGUGCGUCUCAGGGUCAGUGGCCAUGAUCGUCUCAGAGUCAAUCUGCAAAGAAGACCCCAACAUUUCUGCUGAGCUGGACAUUUUAACCCUGGCCGAAGGCGGUUUCAACAAUACCAGGCGCCCUUAUGUUCGCCGUGGGAGGAACCCCUCGUAGGGUUCCUAACCUAACCUCCAGCACACACGCCUCUGCGGAUGACGACGAAGUGCCGGUACCAUCGGGUUCCUGGGAAGAAAAUGGCUCCCCAUUCACAACCGCCGGCUCAACACUUCCUCCUCUGCAAUUCCGCCCCUCUCUGGUAAAUUAACCCUUUACAGCCUAAUGGUAACUAUGUGUACCGAGCGAGUUCGUAAAUAUUUUUAGACGAGACGAAUUAAGGGGACUAAGAUGGCGGUUUAGGUAGUAAAUACCCUUAUUUAUGCAGAAUUCUGUGUUGGAAAAUUCCGAAGAGGCUAAUUUAGGCACUAGAAACUGGUUUAAAUUUGUUUAAAGUGAGAGCAAGGAUUUGGAAGGAAUUAUGUCAGCCAAGCUUUUGUUCGAAGGUCGUAUUCUAAGAAUCAAUGUUUGUCUUCAGUAUGAAUCCAAUGAAUAAAUAUCAAUUGGUGCGUGCAGUUA